AUGUCUUAUAACGUCUUUCUCGUGGCUUACCUUGGAGCCCCUCGUAACCACCAUGGCUUGUUUAUCAAGACAGACCUUGCUUCCAAAUGUGGCAUACACCUUCACGUAAAAGGUGACAUUCAGAAUGGAAUGGAACUCGAGGAGAAAUCCACCAAUAAUCCCGAGACGUCGGCUAAUUUCGUUGAAAUAUCACCCCUUGGUUGGGUUGCCGCUGGAGACUUGGAUCCCAUGCGUCAUAUCUGCAUGAGCAUCCCUGCACCGAAGAAGCAGUUCAAUAGCUCGAAGCGACUUUACCCUAAGGAGCCACUACGGCGCUGUCAGGAGCGGACAAACGAAGCAAUCGACUCCUUGGCCAGGGAUGUUAGUUAUGAGUGGGCUACAGAUGGACAGUCUUCAAGUGUUGGACAGACCAAGAAGCGCAAGGGCAAGGGCAAGGGCAGGGGCAAGGCUUAG